AUGGUUAUUGGAUAUUCAUUGGCUUUGCUUGCGGUUAGCCAUGCAAUGGGAUCGGUAGCUUUGUGCCAUGUACCCAAAUCAAAAUGCCGACAGUUAUUUGGACUCUCCACAGAAUCUUUGGUCAUUUAUUCUAUAUUUCAUCGAGAUGAUGUUUCUUUUAUGAGAUGUAUUGGACCAUACGUGGGUUGGUACCAAGCGAUCUUGCUACUUCAUUUCAACUUUUUGUUGAAUAUCCAUCAAUAUCAACCGCGCUCAAAACAGAGCUACAUGAACCGAGUCAAGCAAUCAUUAUCUCAAAUGUGGAACCCUAGAGGAAUUGGUACAACUUGGGGCCAUUGCAAGAGGCCUACAGCAGGGGAAUAUGCCACCCACAAUAAGGCAGUCUUUCUGAUUCAGAGAACCUUAAGCGCGGCAUUGGCGUUAUUAAUUCUUUAUGCAUGGGAUGACGGAGCUAAAGCACCCCGUUACUUCAAUUUUGCGGAUUUUACACCAGAAAAACAACAUCUUAUCCAACGAUUUCAUGAAGUCACCUGGAGAGAAUUACAAGCAAGAUGUGCUUUGACGGUCAUAAGUCAAAUUUACGACUACUCAUUCAUCACUUGGAUACACUCAGUUUUAUCUGUGAUUGGAGUUCUCUUUCUGGGACACGACACGGAGGCUUGGCCGGAUCUUUUUGGGGAUAUUACCGAAGCGUACACGAUAAGACGAGCAUGGGUGUAA